AUCCAUCUUCCUUUAGCUCCACCACAAGCAACCGAGCUGUCUCUUGUUGGUAGCAGAGAAGCAGUUUUUAUCCCCAUAGAAUCCCCAACCUAAUCCUCCUCCUCCUCCCUCUCGCUCUUUCUCUCUCCUCCCCUCCACUCUCUCUCAUCCAAGACCCAGACCCAUAAAGCAGCUCCUGGUGGUGCUUCUUCUAAGGUAGAUUUAGGGCCCCAUUUGUUUCUCCAUAUCCUCUUCAACCUUAGAUUAAUCCUUCUUUCCUAGUUCUCCCUAACCUUCAAAUUCCUGUUGCACUCAGCCACUAACAUUAAGGGCACCUCUCUCUCUCUCUCUCUCUCUCUCUCUCUCUCUCUCUCCAUUACUACUUUUUUGCUUUCCAGUUUUGACUAUCCACUCUAGAAUUUAGAAGACAAGUCAGGUGAGUUAUUAGCAUCCAAAUUGACCCAAACUUAUUUACGCUAAGCUGUUCAUUUUUUUGUCUGUUUAUUUGCUUCUUAUUUUAACAAGUACUACUACUAAUCAAAGAGAGAGAGAGAGAGAGAGUUGUAGCUUUGGAAAUUCACUAGCAAUUAAUUAAUCAGAUUUAGUGUUUUUUAACCUUUAAAAAAUGGAAUUGAAAAGUGAAGAGGGGUCAUUAGGGUAUACCUCCAUCUUUCCAGACUCGUCAGAAACCCUAAAUGCACCGCCUCUCGCUCAGCUACCAAAACGCCCGAACACAGACCACUUCAACGGCGGAGACAAUAAAACCCAGCCAAAAUCCGCCGCAUCGGGCGGCGGCGGCAGGUUCCGCGAAUGCCAGAAGAACCACGCGGCCAGCGCCGGCGGCAAGGUCCUCGACGGCUGCGGCGAGUUCAUGCCCGCCGGCGACGACGGGACCCUGGAGGCCCUCAAGUGCGCCGCCUGUAGCUGCCACCGCAACUUCCACCGUAGAGAGCCCGCCGGCGGAGGCGUUUUCUCGCGGCGGGCGAUGGUGCUUCCGCUACAGCUCCCUCCGCCGCCGUUGAGCCACCGCCAGGCCAAUCACUGGGCUCCAGUCGUGCAACCGGUGAAAAUGGCCGUUAUUGGCGGCGGCGGCGGUAGGGGAAACGGUGGUACGGAUUCGUCGAGUGAGGAUUUGAAUUUUAACGCGGCGGUGGGUGGCGGUGGUGGUCCGCCGCCACCGCCGCCGUUCGUGAUGUCGAAGAAGCGGUUCCGGACGAGGUUCACGGCGGAGCAGAAGGGUAAGAUGAUGGAGUACGCGGAGAAGGUGGGGUGGAGGAUACCGAGGGAGGACGACGCGGAGGUGCAGAGGUUUUGCGGCGAGAUUGGGGUGAAGAGGCAGGUGUUCAAGGUGUGGAUGCACAAUAACAAGAACUCCACCAAGAAGUUGGGUCAGAAUCAGGAGGAGGAGGAGGAAUCAUGAAUUGGGAGUGAGGGAUGUAAGGAUUUUAAAUAAAGUCCGUUAUGAAUGGUAUCGACCGUGACGUAACGGGAUUUCAGACCUGAUAUCGUUAUUUACCUAUGUAGUGGCCGGUGCUGGCCGGCCGAUAUAUGGUCGUAUCAUCAUCGUUAUGUUGCCUGAUACCGUGAUUUUUAAACCCCUUGGAAUCGUUUGGAUGAGGAAUUGGGAGAUGGUGUAUAGAGGGGAGGGGAAUGUAUGAGUAGAGAGAAGUAGAAGAUCCCAAGUAGUUAGAUACUAAAUAUAAUGCAUGUAAGUCUUCUUUCAUGUGUAUCUUUGGUUUAUUUUAAUGAGAUCAUUUGAGUUCUUCAACAU